AUGGCCCAGAUAUCGGCUAAGGGUGUCGGUUUAGAAUGGGUGGUGGGUCACACGGACGAUGUUAGAUACAAGAUCGGGCCUUUGUUUGUUGCGAUAAAGGCGUCGUUUUUUGUGCCCGUGCUUAGGUUCGCUAUGUACGCUUGUUUGGCGUGUUCGUUUCUGUUGUUCGUGGAGUGGGUCCACGUCAUGUCCCUGGCCGCAUUCGCCAGGCUCUUCCGGAAAAGGCCCGCCGAAAGGUUCAAAUUUGAGGCCACGGCGGACGAUUUGGAGGGCGCCGGCGCCGAUUUUCCGGUGGUUCUUGUCCAGAUACCUAUUUACAAUGAGAUUGAGGUUUACAAGAUUUCUAUUGCGGCAGCGUGUAAUCUUUCAUGGCCUUCUCAUAAGCUGGUGAUUCAGGUGUUGGAUGAUUCGACCGACCUUCGACUCAAGGAUAUGAUCGAGAAAGAAUGCAUAAAGUGGGCAAGCGAAGGCAUUAACAUUCGAUACCAAAUUAGACAAGGUAGAGUAGGCUACAAAGCCAGGGCACUCAAAGAAGGCUUAAAGCACGAUUAUGUCAAAGAUUGUGAGUAUGUAGCUAUAUUUGAUGCUGAUUUUCAGCCGGAACCUGACUUCUUGCAUCGAGCCAUGCCUUUCCUCAUACACAACCCUCAAAUCGGACUCGUACAAGCUCGUUGGAGAUUUGUGAAUGCAGAUGAAUGCUUCUUGACAAGAAUGCAGGAAAUGUCACUGGACUAUCAGUUUGUAAUCGAGCAAGAAGGAGGCUCAUCCAUUCAUGCAUUUUUCAGCUUUAACGGAAGUGGUGGAAUAUGGAGAAUUGCAGCCAUAAACGAGGCCGGUGGAUGGAAUGACCGAACAACGGUAGAGGACAUGGAUCUUGCCAUUCGAGCUGGCCUCAAGGGAUGGAAAUAUGUUUUCCUAGGAGACCUUGAGGUUAAAAGCGAACUCCCCAGUACUUUCAAGGCCUACCGCUCUCAACAGCACAGGUGGGCCUGUGGGCCAGCCAAUCUAUUCCGGAAAAUGGUGAUUGAGAUUUCGAAAAACAAGGAAGUGUCAAUCUGGACAAAGUUCUACAUAAUAUACAAUUUCUUCUUCAUACGGAAGAUUGUUGGGACCAUGUUCACUUUCUCCUUUUACUGUGUGGUUCUGCCUUUGGUGAGUUUGAUUCCUGAAGCUGAUGUUCCUAAAUGGGGAGCCAUUUUGGCCACUUUUAUAAUUGCCACCAUUAACACGUUGGUCGCAACUCCAAGGUCACUACAUCUGGCUGUACCUUGGCUUCUCUUUGAGAACGUAAUGUCAUUCCACAGGAGCAAGGCUUUAUUCAUUGGUCUAUUUGAGGCUAAGAGGGCAAAUGAGUGGGUUGUGACAGAAAAACUCGGAGAUGCCCUCAUCAAGAACAAUCCCAAUCCUGAAUCAAGCUCAGAAAAAGAGCCCAACCAGCAAAAUCGUCUUAGAGAAAGAAUACAACCACAGGAGCUUUUACUGUCGUUGAUUCUUUUGGCAUGUGGAUUUUACAAUGUCUUCUACAGUGCCGACAGAUAUUACAUUUACCUUUUUCCUCAGUCUUUCUUCUUUGCAAUAGCCGGGUUCGGUUAUUUUGGGACAAUUGUUCCAUGUUUGGCAAGAAAUGACUUGUAUAAACCCUUGCUUAGCUAA